ACACCACCACCGACCCUCUCCUCUGCGCCGACGCAGCAGACUCACGCUCCUUUUGCCCAACGCCGUCGCCUCGCGACCGCGUCCCUGCCUUCCUCACCGGUGGACUCUGCACCGCCGCCGUCCGCUUCUCCACCCCCUGCAUCUCGACAUCAACCGCAGCCGGCGCGCAUUUUCGCGACCUCACCGACCCGCGGGCUUUUAUGCACCCCCAGCCUCGAAGUGGCACCAGCAUUAUUGACGUUCCCAGCCCCCAGAACGCGGUAUGGGAUCGAUUGUAGUGACCGAUUUUGGUGGAAACCACUUUCAUAACAGCAUGUUCGGCGGCGGCUCCCAUCAACAAACUCAGGAGUCCCCCGCCGUGCACCACACGCCGGUUCGCGCCUCUCCUCAGGUCAGCACGAAUCCGCCGUUGCGAAUAGUGCCCCCGCCCGCGGACGUGCCUAUGGCCGACUCGGCUGCCCCACCGUCGAGCUCAACGCCCGGUCAGCGAUCACAGCAGCAGGGCCCCGCCGAGACCAGCGCGCGCAGCUCUACCUCUCAGUUGUCGUCGCAGAAGCCCCCGCCGAGCCCGCGCUUUCGACCGCAUUCCCAACAGCAGACGCCCGUCGCUGCUAACCCGGCCCCGCACGCGUUUGUGAACACCAGGCCGGUGCCCUCCUCCACGCCCUCCUCCGCCCAGCAGUCCCCAAUACACGGGCUCCGAUCGCCGCUAGACUCGACGUCAGCCUCGCCCAGGCGGAUCAAGGUGAAGAGUUUGUCUCACAUUCAGCAAUUUGCAAUCGAUGAGACCAGCCCUUUCUCACAGACACGCUCUUUGUCGCGGCGGCAGCGGCGAGACCCGAACGAUGUCGGGCCACAGUAUGAGAUCAGCGAGAUGCCCGUGUCGGAUAUCAUCGAAAUGGUGGCCGGCCUGUUGACUAAGAUCACAACUACAAACGAUCGGCAGCACGAGCAUCUGCACCGCCAGAUUCCGCCUCCAGAAGGAACUUCAGGUCUGAGCCAGCAAACCACAAGCGUUCUGGCAUUCCACGGCAAGAAUGUACCCAGCAUAUCGAUCCUGAGCUAUCUCAGCCGCAUUCACAAAUACUGCCCCACUACCUACGAGGUCUUCCUCAGUCUCCUCGUGUAUUUUGAUAGAAUGACAGAGAGGGUCAAUGCGGGCCCAAUGUCCACUCUACGGCAAGCAAACCAGCAGUCACUAGAGCGUGAUAAUGCCGAGGCUGCUGCAAACCCAGCACUGUCUGCAAACUCUGCCUCUGGACCAACAGACCAGGCGUCGUCCGUUUCUGUACAAGCAGCGACACCACCCCCAUCUGGCUCGUUAGGCAAACCCCCAGAGACACCCGUCCGGGGCCCUCAGCCACCUUCUCCGCCACAGCAGGAGUUGGAACCCGAUCCUUACAGCUUGUCGCACUUCUUCGUAGUCGACAGCUUCAACAUACAUCGUCUUGUCAUCGCGGGUGUUACUUGUGCAAGCAAGUUCUUCUCGGAUGUCUUCUAUACUAAUUCACGAUACGCAAAGGUCGGCGGGCUACCCUUAGUCGAGCUUAAUCACCUAGAACUGCAGUUUCUUCUGCUGAACGAUUUUCGCCUGGCGGUACCGUUGGAAGAGAUGGAGGCAUAUGGCACGAUGCUUGUAGAAUUCUAUGCACGGGAGGUGGCGGAGCAGCACGAGCGGCAAGCGGGACGACACUAAAUGAACGGAUCAUCGAACAGCGGUGACGAUUUAACAUCAUGACGGGACGCGCACAGCGGGCGGCAGGCCUUGAACGAGUGAGGAAUUUGACACCCCGGACGAUUUUCGAGGUCCAGACCUAGUAUUGACUCAAGGAUCAAUACCACACCUAAGGCUCGAUAGCAGAGCCAUCGAACACGAUAAUUCUACACCUACUUUCCCUAGGGGAUUCUACUCUGAGUGUAGGCGGGGACAGGAGAUAGAUCUCUACUUCUAUGGGCAGCAGCGGGCCGCCGAAGUCAUUCAC